AAUCUGACAGUUCAGAAAAACCAAACCCAAACUAAAAAAGAAAUAAAAAAAGAAAAAACAACAAAUUCAUCUGCUCUUAAUUGAUUUCAAUUUCACAGGAUUGGGAUAGUCGAUUUCAUUCCUUUAAUUAUAUAUUCGUUAAUAAGUAGAAUCAUUUAAUUUCAAUCAGAAUCAUUCAAAUUUUUCUCUAUUUAGAUUCAACAAUCACCGAUUCAAAUCCCUAAAUUUUAUUUGGAUCUGAUAAUUUAAUCGAAUUCAAAAUAAUAUUAAAGGGUUGGAUGGUAAAAAUGAUGGAUCAAGAAGAAGAGGAAUUGCAGAUGGCAUUGAAGAUGAGUAUGCAAUCCAGUAAUUCUCCACCUGAACCUAAAAGAAGCAAACCCGAAGACCCUAAUAUUGAUGGAGCUCCAUCUUCAUCGAUGGAGGAGUCACCGGAGUUGAAGAGUCGUCGUGUUCAACGUGAACUUAUGGCUGCUGCUGCCGAGAAACGUAUGAUGAAGAAUCCGCCCCCUAAGACCGAAUUACCGAGCGUCGGUGCGAGUACGAGUGUGAGUGUGAAUGUGAGUGUGGAGAAGAGUGGAGAGAAUUUGGGGGAGGAAUUGUCAGUGGAAGAAGCUAAUCAGUUGUUUUCCAUGGUUUUUGGUGGAAGUGUUAGUAAGGAGAUUCUUGCACAGUGGAGUAAUCAGGGUAUCAGGUUUAGCCCUGAUCCAGAAACUUCUAUGGGUUUGGUGCAGCAUGAAGGUGGUCCAUGUGGUGUAUUAGCAACCAUACAAGGAUUCGUCCUUAAAUAUCUUCUGUUUGUUCCAGAAGAGUCAAGCAUCAAUGCAUCAAAGGCACCACAGAGAUCUUGGAAAUGCGAAUCUGUUACUCCUGAAAAUUUUGCUUCCCUUUCUGAAGAUACUAAAAAAAGGGCACUUGUCAAAAGUAUGGCUGAGAUAUUAUUUCGUUGUGGAAGGAAUCGAAGAGCGGUGGUUGCAACACUUGACGUGUUCGGUCAAAAUGUUGAAGGCGCCAGUGUUGAACCACAAAAUGAGAUAAUUCGAAAAGCUCUAGAAGGAUUUUCCAUCAAGUCUGCUUCAGAUUUGCAGAAAGCUCUAAGAGUAACUUCAUAUACUUCAUCUGCCAGUGCAAUGCAGAGGCUUGAGACGAUGCUUCCUGUGUUUGAAAGCUGUAUGGGAGCAAUGCUGUUCCUUAUCUCAGCAUUGCUUUCUCGAGGACUGGAUUCCAUUCAAGCUGAUAGGGAUGAUCCAAGCCUACCACUAGUAACUGCACCCUUUGGUCAUGCAUCACAGGAAAUUGUAAACCUAUUACUGUGUGGACAGGCUGUUGCAAAUGUGUUUGAUGAGAAAAUAGACUUGGGUGGUGGCAUGUUUUUGAAGGGUGUAUGCACUGAUGUGGAAGUUGGAUUCCUCACCCUGCUGGAGUCCCUCAACUUUUGUAAAGUAGGACAACAUCUAAAGAACCCAAAAUGGCCGAUUUGGGUUGUUGGAAGUGAGUCACAUUAUACUGUCCUAUUUGCUUUUCAUCCUUCCGUUCAGGAUGAGAAUGAAGUGGAGGAGAGGGAAGCAAAAAUUAGGAGAGCGUUUGAUGCACAAGACCAGAGUGGGGGUGGUGGCUUCAUUAGCGUUGAGGGUUUUCAUCACGUUGUCAAAGAAGUCGGCAUUAACCUUCCUGCUGAUAAGCUUGAUCGUCUUUGCAGUGCAGGCUUUAUAGUAUGGAGUGAGUUCUGGCAGGUUCUUUUGGAUUUAGACAAGAAUUUGGGGGGUUUCAAGGAUUCUUCAGGGUUAAUAGGCAGAAAGGUGUUUGAUCUCUACCAUUUUAAUGGUAUCGCAAAAUCAGUCUCAAAUGGAAAUCAAUGUGAGACUCCCUUGCAAAGACCAAGGCUUACGAAGCUAAGAGUCUCAGUACCACCUAGGUGGACGCCCGAGGAGUAUAUGGCAGAGGCAGCACCUCCUAGUUCAAGCGGCAAUGAAACUGGCGGGAAAGAUGCUACUAAAGCUGUUAUAUCCGAACCGCCUCAACAUGCUCCACUUGUAGACUGCAUCAGAACGCGGUGGGCUCGUGCUAAUUGCAAUUGGUCUGGAGAUCCUCCAAGUAUCGUCUGAGUCAUAUAUAAUCGGCCGGGUCCAUUUAUCAGCUCUUAUUAAUAUUCUCGUAAGUAUUUCGGCAGUGCUAAAUCUCGAUUGAUGAAGUGAAGAUACUUGGAGGUAGGACCGUCAUUCUCGGAGCACAGCUUUGGUUGAGCAAACUUUUGCUGGUAGUAUUGGCUUGCGAUACAUAUACGAAUCAAAUUUUCGUGCCCUGUUGUAACUGUUAUAUUUCAUAUUUAAUUUUAGUUGUAGAUUAUUUCGGGAAGAAUUAGUUCUCUCUUGAAUUUGUUAAUAGAUUGCGUAGAUCCUUGGAUACUUUGGUCAUCGUAAAGCGGAAUUUGUUCGUAGCUAAAGAGGAUUUAUUACAUUUCAAAAGUCAAUAACUUUGUAAUUUGUUGUCAUUUGUUGAGUAUAAAGCAUUGCCUUGUUCAACUAAAAGAAUCUGAAAUUAUACUCUUGAGGAUGAAGUUUUUGAUGAGCUUCAAUUAUGUCAUUUAUAUAAUACAUUGUUAUUGUAUACGACUAGCAUGUUAGCUUAUAUGGGU